AUGUAUGCCAAGCUUAGCAUCACUGUCACUGCUUUCGCAGCAGCCGUCUCUGCGGCUCCCUCUACCCUCGUCGCCCGUUACGGCGACUCCUACACCUUUUACCAAGGCGACGGCUCUGCUGCCAGUGGUUGGCCCGCCCAGAGCUCCUGGGGCUCCUUUGACCAGCUCUGGGCCUCCAACGUCCCGCUCAUGCAAAAGUCGUGCGGCUGGAACAGCUGGGGCACCGACAACUCGGACGACGAAAUCAGCAACAUCAAGAGCGCCAUCAACCAGGUCGCUGGCGAGUCUGGUGUGGACAGCCGCUUCAUCCUCGCCGUCAUGAUGCAGGAGAGCAAGGGCUGCGUUCGCGUGCCCACCACCGACAACGGCGUCCGCAACCCCGGCCUCAUGCAGUCGCACAAUGGCUCUGGCAGCUGCGCGGGCCAGAACCCCUGCCCGGCCAGCCAAAUCACCCAGAUGAUCCGCGACGGCGUCAGCGGGACCUCGUCUGGCGACGGUCUCCAGCAGACUCUGGCCCAGGCCCAGAGUGCAACCGGAGACAACGGCAGCCGCAAGUUCUACGGUGCAGCCCGUCUCUACAACAGCGGCUCCGCCGACUACAGCAACCUCAACAACGGCCUCGGUAGCACUGCGUGCUACGCCACUGAUGUUGCCAACCGCCUCACCGGCUGGACUCUUGCUCCCUCUCAGUGCCGUGCCUAA